ACGAGACGUUUCCCGUCCGUCUGUACAGGCCCUGUCCACCGUCACUGCAGUCAAUGGAGAUGCCUCUGAUCCGACGCAGCGAUUAGUAUAUGGAAAUAUGUGCUACGAGUGGCAGCAAGGGUACUGUCGACUCUCAAACCAAGCGGUUGACUAUGCUCACUGGAGGACAAACGAGCGGCGAAGCAGCAUAGCCCGUUCUCGAUGAAACUCAUCAAGCCAGCUCGCCCUGCCACUAAAACAAUAUGCGCUGCAGGGCGAGCAUGAUAAAAAUGCGUGCUGAAUCAGAAUCAGGCCGAUACAUGGGAGGCUUUGGAACAAUGAUAGAGGUACGCUUGUGAUAAGGACUCGAAUGUCCUGUUGUGAUCCUGCCAAUUCCUCAUUCCAUAAUCUCUCGCUCCUUAUUCAGAUUACAAUAUCUCGACGCCAAAAUGAGACUUCUCCCUGGGGGCAAUGGUCUGCUUCUAGCGGCAGCAUUUUCGCUGCUCUUACAAGCUUCAUCAGGAGCGCCUUGCACUCAAGAAAGCAUUGCUUCCAACCUUCAGGUCCAGGCAUGCUUGGAGAAUGCUACCCCGAACACAAUUCAGGAGCAUUUCUGUGACCCCGGAGAGGAGGAAUUGGCUGAUAUCCCAUCGCUGGCACACCUUCUUGCCCGUCAAGAUCAGGACAAGUUCUUUCCUUUGUUUGCUAGGUCCGGCGGUGCUCCACCUCCCCCUCCACCACCACCGCCUCCGCCACCUCCCGCACCGGGCAGGCCUUCCAAACCUGGUCCAAAAUACAAGAUCGUCGACCCGGGAUCCCGUAAUCCGUCGCCCAAAAGACCCGAAACCGAAGUCGAGCUGACAGCUUCUGGGAACAAUCCCGCGAAACCGGAACCCGGUUCGGGAACGCCGAAGGAUAAGCCAGGGACGCAGAGAUCUAUGGCAGCAGUGCUUGCUGCUGGCGAGACUCAAUGGAAUGCGUAUGAGACAGGACUGAGAUCCCACACUCGCGAUACACAAAUCGUGAACAGCAAAUCUCAGGUCCCAGCAGGCUCAAGAACAACCUUCCUUGAUAUUCGUCGCGUUCCCGAGUACGAAAUCAAGACGAAAGAGAUCCAGGAUCCGACCAAAGGUCCUCUGAAUGCCAUCCGACUGUUCAGGUCGUCCGAAUUGAAAAACUUGGUCAUUAAGAACACCGAGCGCGCGACAGAGGUCACCGUCACUAACAAAGCGAAACCGGGCGAGAAAUCUUCUGACGUCCCUGCAUCUAUAGUGAGGAUGACGAUCGACAACGCGGGACGAUAUUUCAUCAUGCAGGACAGCUUCAAAUACGAAGACAAGAGCAAUUCUGGUAUCCCUUUGAAUGAAAUAGUAAUGCAGAACUUCCUGGACGUCGCCAAGUCCAAGGCGAGUGACUUUCGGGUCAUGUUUAUUGUCAACGUUCAGAACCAGGAAUUCUGGGACGUGACUCGAGCCAAUUACGAUAGCUCGGAUACGCCCUUCGAUCAAGUCAUGACCUGGAAAUCGGAUUCCAUUCAAUUCAAGCGCUAUAUGGGGAGUCCAAAUAUUAGCAGCAAGUUGUUCGGCUUCCUGAACCAUCAUAUCGCACUUGGAAAACGAAGGCCCGUACAAAUUGUCGUCAUCCCGCAACAGGUCAAGAACUCAGAGGAUCUCAGUGUCGCUCUCGUCUUCGAGUGAAGAGUCUCUAAGACAAGCAAGGUGGUCAAAAACGACUACCGUAGAGAGCAAUGUACCAUCAGAUAGAUUGAUAGCUCAAGAGAAACAAGACCAGCUGGCCUGGUAUAAUUUGAGAAGAUGGCAGAUAUAACGUCCCUCCCGGCGUUGCGAGCCACCCUAUGUAACGAGCCAGCAUCAGACAUUUUGGUCUUCAACAUUUUACAACCCAAUCGCAUUGACAUAGGAGAUGCAAUAUCGUCUGCUGUAAUGUUGUCGUGUUGAAUUUAGUCUCCUUCAAAAAUCCGACCUCCGUCGUCGAUCGCAGAUUGCAUUUC